UUUGCAAACAUAGUCUUCUUCACCUUGCUAGUCUUUGAGAAACCACCUCUGUGAAUUGAGAUUGAGUGAAAUGGCUGCCUAUGGAGCUCUAGUUUCGCUUAUGUAUAUUAUAGAUCAAAUUCAAACACAUCCACGCCCUCCUAUUUCCAUUGACCAAAAUCAGGUUGAAUCUCUCACUCAACUAAUUAGUUCCUUGCAAAAAUUUCUUGAAAUCUAUUAUCCCCAACGUGGCUACACUGAAGAAGAAGAUGAGUGGGAGAGUUGCAUUGCUGAAGCAGCUUACCAUGCUGAAGAUGUGAUCGAGUCAUAUAUUGUGGAUCAAAUUCGUGCUCGGUUAAAAAUUGAUGUACAACACAUCAUCUCCUUUCAAUUCUAUCAAGGCCUGCAGAAGGUGAUAGAAGACAUGAAUUUGAUCAAGAUUGAGAUUGAAGAGAAGGUGGUUGUCCAAGAUCAGCUUCACGUCAUGAAGUCGGUGAAUCCUGCUGCAGGCUCGUCUAGAUCUACUUCGACUCGUAAGAAUGUCACCAUGAUCGGUUUCGAUGAUGUCUUAUUGCAAAUGCUGGACAAGGUCACUGGAGGAGGACUCAAUCUCCAAAUUCUCCCCAUCGUUGGAAUGGGCGGGAUAGGCAAGACCACCCUUGCUCAGAUUACCUAUGUAAGUCCACUUGUCCACUAUCAUUUUGAUAUCCGUGCUUGGUCUACAAUUUCUCAAGAGUAUAAUGCACGAGAAAUUCUUGGACAAGUUCUUGGUCAAGUAGACAAGGGGAACGAGGUUGAUUUGAGUGAAGAUGAACAAGGAUUACAUUUGUACCAAUAUUUGAUAGGUAGGAGGUAUUUUAUUGUGAUGGAUGAUAUGUGGAACAUAGAAGCAUGGGAUCAAGUAAGGAGAUUCUUCCCGAAUAAUAAAAAUGGGAGUAGAAUAGUAGUGACGACAAGGCUAUCAAACUUGGCAUCUCAAUUUAACUACUCGAAUGGUCUUCAUUUGAAAUUUUUGGAUGAGUAUGCUAGUUGGGACCCAUUUUGCAAAACUGUGUUCGGGGAAGAAGCUUGUCCUCUUGAGUUGGAGGACGUUGGGCAAAAGAUAGUGAAAGGCUGUAAGGGACUUCGGCUGUCAGUUGUUGUAAUAGGGGGGCUUUUAUCAAAAUCUGGACGUACAAAAGAAAGUUGGGGAUUGUUUGAAAAAAAUUUAAGUUCAAUUGUAAAUUUGGAGGAAAAUCGAAGUUGCUUGCAAGUAUUAUACAUGAAUUAUAAUAAUUUGCCGGUUUAUUUAAAACCAUGUUUUCUCUGUAUGGGAACAUAUGUUGAAGAUGCUGUGAUUCCAGUCUCUUACCUCGUACCAUUUUUUGUUGCUAUGGGAUACGUAAAACCAAUUAUUGGCAAGUGUUUGGAAGAGAUAUAUAGUAGAAGAGUAUGUAGAAGAACUUGUUGAUAGAAAUAUGCUUAUGGUUGAAAAAUACAACCGUUGUGGGAAACUCAAAUCGUACAAAAUGCAUGACCUGUUGAGGGAUGUGUGUUUGAGAGAAGCUCGGAAAUUGAAGUUUCUAUGCGUGUUGGAAGCGCAUAGCAUUCCACAGGGCAUACAUUCUUAUCGCCGUAUUGUUCAAGUUCUGAAAUCUGCAUCUCUUGUUCGUUCUUUUGCUGGUAGAGCUUCAAAGAACUUGAGCGAGUUAACUCGCGUCUUCUUCGUAUCGAUGUUGAUGAGUAUGGAUUGUUGCCUCCACAAGCUCGAUACAUCCAUUGGGUGCGAGAAGUGAGCUUUCCGCAUUCCCUCAAGAAGUUGACAUUACAAUGCACCAAUCUUCCUUGGGAUGAUAUGAAGAUUGAAAUAGGUUCAUUGCCCCUUCUUCAAGUUCUCAAGCUAAAAAAGAAUUCAAGUGGGAAACAGUGGAAGGCCAAUUCUUGUUGAUUAAGAAUUGUGAUAUAGAGUGUUGGAUCACAGACAACACCCACUUUUCACGCCUUGAGCACCUUCAUCUUCGCUAUGUACAAAGGUUGAGGGAGAUUCCUUCAUGCAUGGGAGACAUACCAACACUUCACUCAAUUAAGUUGAAAGGUUGUAGUGCUUUUGUGGAGAACUCAGCUGAAAUAAUAAAGCUAGAACAAGAGGAACUCGGCAAUGAAGAGCUUCAAAUCAUUAAAGUUCCCACAAAUCCAAGAAACUCUUUUAUCGGUAAUCCAAGACUAUCGGAAUGUGCUGAAAAUAAUCGUCGCGUCUUCGAAUUAUGUUAGUAAUGCAUAAUGUAACAUCCUAGAAAUAGCCUUGGUUGAAAUUUAUUGUUCCUACCGAGCAUUUGGCGAACUAGAAUUUUUCUGUAAUCAAUUUAACUCCGUAAAUAGUCCAAGUAAUUAUAUUAAUUUGAAUUAAAGAGUAUUAAGUAUUAUGCAUUGUAA